AUGACGUCUCAAACUAUUCCCACUGAAUGGCUCAACCCACGAAAGCUUUCCAAUGAAUGGAUUUUCAGCUGUGCUACUAGUUUAGAUGACCUUGUUCAAACCAAUCGCGCUGCAUCCUAUUUUCGGCAGCUUGUGACGCUACUUGAGACAGACAAUCAUAUACUUAACUAUCACCUUGAAAUUCGACAUCAGUUCCAAGACACUCAUCGUUUCGAAGUGAUUAUCUAUUUCGAUGAAGCGGAUCGUGUGACCAAUCCAUCACCAAUGCCUGUCUGCAUCUCAUGCGAACCCACAAACGAAUUGAGUAAGAUAUCCCUAAUAUCCGAGCAGCAACAUACUCGAGCAUGGCUCGACGCGCAGGCGCGUGAAAAGCUUAUUCUAACGCCCAUCCGACACGUCGAACGUUUAUCGGAGCUGAUCGACGACGAUGGAGAAAUGGAAGCAUUCUGGCGUGACGCUGUCGAAUUAAUACAGCAAGAAUGUGAUCAAUUUCACGAAUUUUAUCCCAUACUGGUCCUCAAUCAUGGAACAUACCGAAAUCAUGCACAUUUGCAUCUCAAAAUGACUUUCAGUAAGCAAAUUUGGAAGAACACGAUCGGCCAUCGAUAUUCGAACCGAAUUUCGCAAAUCAAACAACUACUAUCUGAUCCAGCACUCUUUCAAGACUGCUUCGGACAACAAAGUAAUAAGCCGAAAAGGCAUUAA